GCUCUCCUCCAUCUACCCCUUUCCCCUCCUCUCUCCCGGCCCCUGGGCCAGGGAAUGUGUCGGGCCCCGGAGAUGCCUUACGUGGAUCGGCAGAACCGGAUCUGUGGCUUCCUGGACAUCGAGGAAAACGAGAGCAGUGGGAAGUUCCUGCGCCGCUACUUCAUUCUGGACACCCAGCCGGGCAGCCUGGUGUGGUAUAUGGAUAACCCUCAGGUAACAUACAGCUGGCUAGCAUUAGCUGUUAGCAUUGUGGAUGUUACUCGUAGGGAUGUGCAUUUUGAAAUAAUAUAUAUUACAGUUAACUGCCAAAAUAAAGGAAACUCCAUAAAGUGUCUUAAUAGGGCGUUGGGCCACCACAAGCUGCCAGAACAGCUUCAAUGCGCCUUGCCAUAGAUUAUAAAAGUGUCUGGAACUCUAUUGGAGGGAUGCAACACCAUUCUUCCACAAUACAUUCUAUCAUUUGGUGUUUUUUUGAUGGUGGUGGAAAACUCUCAGGCACCGCUGUAAAAUCUGUCACAAGUAGGGUCCUAUAAAAGCUGUUUAAUUUUUUCCAAAAUUUCGUUUUAUUUUUCCAGGUUUCCAUUUCCCCCUGUUUUUUCAGUUUUUAUUUUCCAAAAUCACACUUUUUUUAAUAGAACAUCCAAUUUAGGUGUUUUUCUAUGUCAACAACAAUGCUUAAACCACAUCAGGACACCAUGUUUUAGGUUUAGGACAUUUUCUUUUUUUUAGUUAUAUUGACUAUAUCCGUUUUAGCUCGCUCAUUGUCUUAAUCCUCUCAUUGUUCCCUUAUGCCAUAGUUUGUACAUCUCAAUUGUCAGUAGAAACCACAUUUGUUUAAGCAAGUCAGCUAUAUCAGCUAUGUUUUUUAAAAAGGCAGUAAAUGAGGCUGAAUGAACUGUUUCACUGCCAGACUCUGCUGAUAUCCAGGUGUAGCUGUGAUAAGGAUUCACUCCAUGUGCUGAAAAUAAAGCUUUGCUGUUGGGACAGCUUUAUGUAGGCCAUAACAGUUUUUGGGCACCGUUUGUCACCGUUAUAGUGCAAUUAAUGUAUUGUGUUGUGUAGUGGCUUUGCUGGCAUGCAUCAACAAAUCUUUUUUGGAGUUUGCCCCACCAAGAUUGACAUGCUAAAAUCGCCACUGCUAGUAAGAAGUGAUGUGGUAUAAUCCUAAAUUGUAUAACAUUUUUGUGACCGGAGUCUUUUUUUGAGAACUCUGUUUAUUAAGUUUUACACACACACAGACAAGACAAAGCAAUAUAAAUAAUAUACUCAACUAGACAAAAAUACAAAUAAUACAUAUAAAAAAAAAUAAAAAAAAAUAACUUUAAAGAUACCAUACUUUAGACAAGUUACACACACCAGGCAGAAGGCUACAAAAGGUUAAAGGGCAAUCUAUAGUAUAGGGACAGAGCAAACACCUCACCAUUGUUCCUGUAAACAGUUAAGGGAUGGGGUGGAGAAAUGCAACCACUCACAGACAGUCAAGGCCACAGACCAAUCAUCUACUGGACCAAAAAUAAAAAGUUACAAUGCUUUAAAAUAAAAAAUGAAUAUUGAUAAUUUUAUGUAGGCGUGAACAGAAUUAAAAAAAUAAAAAUAACUGGGAAAAACAAGCUCACACCUUAGUCUCUGCCCGGGCGAGAUGAACAAGGCAUCCGCAGGUCACAAUCAAUAAGCACAUCAACCUUAAUGCCCCCCACCCCCACCCCAGAAAAAAAAACACAGAGAAAUGCUCAUCCAACCCCUAAGUCACAGGGGGGUCAAAUACAGACUUAUUUUGGUUUUAAUAGGAAUGCUAUCAGAGGAUGGACUGUUUAAAGUAAGAUCGGAAUGGAGCCCAAGCCUCAUUAAACAGUUUGGGGUUCCCACGUGAAUUGAAUUUAAUUUUUUCUAGUUUCAGAGAGCACAACACGUCUCUCACCCAAUAUUUAUAAGAUGGGGGAGCUGCCAUCUUCCAGUUCUGUAGUAUUAGCCGUCUAGCUAAAAGAGUUGUAUAAGCAACAGUGUCCGACUGGAUUCUUGACAGGGGGGUGCUUAUGGGCAGUACUCCAAAAAGGGCUGUAAGGGGAGAGGGAUCUAUAACAGUGUUAUAUAUAUCAGAGAAACAUUUAAAUAUUAAUUCCCAGAAACCUGACAGUUUAUGACAGCCCCAGAACAUAUGCAACAGUGUGGCCGGUUCAAUUUUACAUCUGACACAGGUAGGAUCAAAAUCAGAGAAUAUUCUUCCAAGUCUGGCCCCAGACCAGUGGAUACGGUGAACCACCUUGAAUUGAAUGAGGCUGUGUCUAGUGCUAAAAGAGGACGAAUGCACCCUGCGCAGCACAGAUUCCCAGGUGUCUUCCCCAAGUUCCUCCCCCAAAUCCUUUUCCCAUCGAGUCUUUAAAGGCACCAAAGAAGGGUUCUGUAAGUCAUGAAUGAUUGCAUAUACAUCUGAAAUUGCGCCCCUAGGAAGCUUGUUCAGCUCCAGGAUGCUCUCUAUAGCUGUAUUCACAGGCCUAUGGGGAAAUUCAGGUGUGUUAGCUCUGACAAAGUUCCUAGUCUGGAGAUAGCGGAAAAAGUGGGAUUGGGGGAGGUUGAACCUUUCCUGUAGCUGAGCAAAAGAGGCAAAUGUAUCAUCAAAGAAUAAUUGGGCUAGUGAGGAGAGGCCUAGUGAGUGCCAGAUGUCAAAAGCCCCAUCAUUCAAAGAUGGAGGAGUGACCGGAGUCUUUUAACCAAAAUAUCACUGAGACAGAUGUUCAGCUGCCCCUUUAAGGGCAGGAGGUUACCGUGGCAACGAGGGCACUCCAGCUGCUGGAGUCUACAACCACAGUGCGCACAGCUCCCCACCAGGCAGUCUUGAUGUGCAGUGCGCACUGAAGCCGUAGAUGUCCGAGUUCCCAGUUGUUUUGAACACAGCAUUAGUCUCAGUGGAGGGAGGGAGAGAAUAGCAGAGGGUCAGCCUCUCACGAUCCCUGCCAUCUCCUUCCUUUCCUCCAGUGAGACUGACCAGAGAGGGGGGACACUGUCUUCCACCUGAUGUUGUUCCUAAGACCAGAGAAAGUGACAUUUUCCUCUAUAUUAAAAUAGACAUGACGAGCUGCUAAUAUAAUAAUAAAUAUCCUGAGCUUUCUUAUCUCUUUGAUAUAGGACAGACACUUAAAACCUUAUUCCUUAUUUAUUUUUUUAUACUUUUUUUUGCCAUUCAUGAAUGUGUUAUUCAAUGUGUUUCUAUAUGCUAUAGUAGUAAAGGCCAAAUUCAAUAUUUUAUCAAAUCACUUUUAAAUAUAUAUAUUUUUAUGCCUAAAGGGGUCCUAAAAUUCUAAAUCAAAUAGCCAAAUGAUCUAUGGUAUGACCUUAAAACAAUUCCAUUUGUCAGCUUAGAACCGUCAGCAACAGGUGUGGCUGAAAUAGCCGAAUCCACUCAUUUGAAGGGGUGUCCAUAUACUUUUGUAUAUAUAGUGUAGCAAUCUCAAUUACCUCAUACCCCUGAACAUCGUCUCGGUACUGGUACUCCCUGUAUAUAGCCAUGAUGUUUUUACGAUUAAUUGUCAUGCAAAUGGCUCAGUUAUCGUCAUAAUUGUCAUUUUUGUUAAAAUGUUUUGUGCUUGUAAUGCAUCUUUGAAAAAUAGCUACGACAUACCUAAUGAAUUAAAAACCGCUUUGGUGACACCUGCCUGAGUAUUUGGAACUUUUGGAAAUGAAGCUUCUCCUCCCGACCUCGCUUUUCUGCUCGUAAAAUAUUUACCAACUUUACCCACUUCAUGUAAAAAUUAAAUACUGCUAUUGGGUAAAUGAUAUCUACUUGAAUAUAAAGUUGGAUCCCCCCUAUGAAUAUUAAGACUAUUAUGAUUUAUUUUGUUCACGGUUAUUGUCCGUAAUUGUCGGUUAUAUGAUAACUGUGCCAGCCCUACAUUUACAUUUACAUUUUAGUCAUUUAGCAGACACUCUUAUCCAGAGCGACUUACAGUUAGUGAGUGCAUACAUUUUCAUACUGGCCCCCCGUGCCCUACAAGCUUAACAGACUUAGCGAGUGUGCUAAAACAUAAUUCAUUCAUGCCUUAUGCAGAGAGUGAAUAAUUCACGCAUGUUCUUUUUAUAGAGAUGAAAAUCUUAAAGUUCAAUCAGAAUCUCAAUAACAGACCAAAGUAGCCUAAAUCCACUCUUGUUCUCAUUUUUUCUUGACGUUUCCCCCAACCCACUGUCUCUUCUUUAGAAUACCCCAAAUGCAUAAUAUGAGCGCACCCCGCAUAUAAGGUCAUGUUUUGCAUCAGGGUUUAUAACAAUAUACAAUAUUCAAUGGUAUCUAAUAGUUCUUCACCCAACUUUUUCCUGUAUAGAACCUGCCCAUUGGUGCAGACUGUGUUGGCUCACUCAAACUCACAUACAUCUCCAAGGUAAGAGCUUUGCUAAUACAUUUGCACAUCAUUGAUUUUAUACUGUGUCUCGAUAGGUGCUUGUUGAAAAAGGGAUAUUAAUAUACACUGAGUAUACCAAACAUUAGGACAUUCCUAAUAUUGAGUUGCACCCCCCACCCUUUGCCCUCAGAACAGUCUCAAUUUGUUGGGCCAUGGACCUCUACAAGGUGUCGAAAGUGUUCUUGACACAAACCAGUGUGCCUGGCACCUAAUACUUCUUUAACCUGUCUUCUCCCCUUCAUCUACACUGAUUUGAAGUGGAUUUAACAAGUGACAUCAAUAAGGGAUCACAGCAUUCAUCUGGUCACUCUGUCAUGAAAAGAGCAGGUGUUGUUAAUGUUUUAUAUACUCAGUGUACAUUCACUGUGAGCAAUCAUUCAUUGUGGUUUUUGUACUUCUCUUGCCUCGUAGGUCAGCGAUGCCACUAAGCAAAGACCAAAGGCAGAGUUUUGCUUUGGUAAGAUUGUUUUGAGAAUAACUAUUCUCUUUCCUCUGUUCCUCUGCUCAAUUCAUAUGGAAAUGUUUGCAACUUAUCUGGGCUUUUUAUGACCUCUUCAGUAUUUUUAAACCAUAGCCAUAGAUGACACCUAAAGUUCCAUUAGUUAUAUGGCCAUGGGCUCUUUAUCCCAGUUGUGUGAGCUGAAUUGGCCAAAUUAUGAAAUCAUAUGGGGGUAGCGGAGUCUGUGUUUCUGUCCAGCAAUACAUCCAUAUCUUUUCAGGAUUGACAAUGACAUAUGUCUGCCCUGACAGAUGCCACCAUGUACACAAGGCUAGAGUGUUUAGAUUCACUUGAACCUGAGGGAGGAAUGCAUCCUUCUUGCCCUUCUCUCACCUCUUUCACUUCGGCUUGCUUUCCCCUUGGCAUGCUAAGGACAACCCUGUUUAGCUUCAACAGAGGCAUGCAGGGUAGCAGCUGACCAGUGUACUUACUGUACAUGGUCCCUUCUUGCGCUCUUGGUUUAUCUGGUUCAGAGGAAAGUGUGUGUGUCAGCAUUAAAGCCGAUUUAUGGUCAUUCCGGAUUCUGCAUUACAGAGCCCUCCGUGUUGGAAAAACAUUUGGGAGGCGCACAGCGAUGCAGUACGGAGCUUGAUUUGGCCUUCACAAGCCUCCGGAGGCUCCGCAGUUGCGUCACACGGAGCCUCAGGACCAUAUUGCCAGAUCAAGCGUAAAUCUGCUUUUAGGCUUGGGUGGUAUACCGUUUACCGGCGUAGUUGAAAAUAGCCACUGGAUGUUUGUUUUUGUCAAUACCGUCAAUACCGUUUUGGUAAUAUUUAUUUUGAAGUUAUUUAAUACAUUUGAAUAUAUGUAGCUACUUUUUAACCUCUUAGAUGUAAAGUCCCCUGUUUAAGGGACCUGCGUGGUUCUGGUACUGGUUUCAACCAACAUUUUUGCUUAUAAAUUGAUCUGUGGACACAAUAGAUUGAAAUGGCCAAUAGCCCUGGUUCACACGGACACAGUAGUAUAUUUCUUUAGCCUGUGUGACGUAGGAUGUGAAAUCUGAAACCACUUGAGGCUGGGAUGUCCCUCCUACCAUUUAAUUCGCUCUUCCGACUGUCCAUCAAAUCCUGGCUGAACCCUACAUCACAGCCACUGACAAAGCACAUGCUUGCAAUCCUUACAUCGUAGUGCAGCAGGAGAGUGGUUUCAUCACUGUAGCACAUUCAGAGAUCGAUUUACAGCCAUUAAUCUAAAAUAGUUACCGAGAUUUUAAACAAGAAAAACACUUUUAGACAGACAAUAUUAAUGAGAUGAAAGGUGACUUCCUAGCGAGUUCAGGAUUCCAAGCUAGAGCUCUUUGAGACGUUCAGCGAUCGGGGCAGACGUUUUGAUCAAGAGAGACCUUUUGAAAAUAAGCAACGUUUCUCUAACACUAAACAUACAAAUAUGUAUUUUACAGUUAUAAGGAAGGUGAAAUCUUAGUCAUUUUAUAAUUUGAUUAUACUAUAUUUAGAAAGCAUAUGUCAUUUCAAGCCUUAUUCAUACAGUUUUGUUGAAUAGGAAAUACAUCAUAAAAUAUUUAAUAUUUUAAAUAUAUCUGUACUGUAUACUUGAACUUGCGUCCUCAAAGGUGACUAUACCUCAGUCAUUUAUAACUAUUUUUACCAGAAAGGUGAGAUUUUAACCUUUAUUUGAGUAUGCAGCAUUACUAGUUAUUGUUUAUGGCCCUCUCAUGUUAAACAAUAACUUUUGGGGGUUACGUAGAUUACAUUUAACUGCUUUUAAAUAAUUACCUGCAGUCCUCUUGUGCAAUACGUUAGGAGAUACGUUUUUCGAUUUGAAGCUUACCGGUAGUCCCCAGUUAGGUGGUGUUUGUUUAAAAGCACACAACGACGAGAGAGCCUUGUGAGUCAUCACCUGGCGUGUGCUGCAAAACAGUGAUCUAUAUACAGUAUGGAAUUCACAACUACAGUUGAAGUCGGAAGUUUACAUAUACCUUAGCCAAAUACAUUUAAAAUCAGUUUUUCACUAUUCCUGACAUUUAAUCCUAGUAAAAAUUCUCUGUCUUAUGUCAGUUAAGAUCACCACUUAAUUUUAAGAAUGUGAAAUGUCAGAAUAAUAGUAGAGUGAUUUAUUUCAGCAUUUAUUUAUUUCAUCAGAUUCCCAGUGGGUCAGAAGUUUACAUACGCUUAAUUAGUAUUUGGUAUUAUUGCCUUUAAAUUGUUUAACGUGGGUCAAACAUUUCGGGUAGCCUUCCACAAGCUUCCCACAAUAAGUUGGGUGAACUUUGUCCCAUUCCUACUGAUAGAGCUGGUUUAACUCAGAUUUGUAGGCCUCCUUGCUCGCACACGCUUUUUCAAUUCUGCCCACACGUUUUCUAUAGGAUUGAGGUCAGGGCUUUGUGAUGGCCACUCCAAUACCUUGACUUUGUUGUCCUUAAGCCAUUUUGCCACAACUUUGGGAGUAUGCUUGGGGUCAUUGUCCAUUUGGAAGACCCAUUUGCAACCAAGCUUUAACUUCCUGACUGAUGUCUUGAGAUGUUGCUUCAAUAUAUCCACAUAAUUUUCCUUCCUCAUGAUGCCGUCUAUUUUGUGAAGUGUACCAGUCCCUCCUGCAGCAAAGCACCACCACAGCAUGAUGCUGCCACCCCCGUGCUUCACGGUUGGGAUGGUGUUCUUCGGCUUGCAAGUACCCCCUUUUUCCUCCAAACAUAGCGAUGGUCAUUAUGGCAAACAGUUAUAUUUUUGUUUCAUCAGACCAGAGGACAUUUCUCCAAAAAGUACGAUCUUUGUCCCCAUAUGCAGUUGCAAACCGUAGUCUGGCUUUUUUAUGGUGGUUUUGGAGCAGUGGUUUCUUCCUUGCUGAGCGGCCUUUCAGGUUAUGUCGAUAUAGGACUCGUUUUACUGUGGAUAUAGAUACUUGUACCUGUUUCCUCCAGCAUCUUCACAAGGUCCUUUGCUGUUGUUCUGGGAUUGAUUUGCACUUUUCGCACCAAAGUACGUUAAUCUCUAGGAGACAGAACGCGUCUCCUUCCUGAGCGGUAUGACGGCUGCGUGGUCCCAUGGUGUUUAUACUUGUAUACUAUUGUUUGUACAGAUGAACGUGGUACCUUCAGGCGUUUGGAAAUUGCUCCCAAGGAUGAACCAGACUUGUGGAGGUCUACAAUUUCUUUUCUGAGGUCUUGGCUGAUUUCUUUUGAUUUUCCCAUGAUGUCAAGCAAAGAGGAAUUGAGUUUGAAGGUAGGCAUUGAAAUACAUCCACAGGUACACCUCCAAUUGACUCAAAUGAUGUCAAUUAGCCUAUCAGAAGCUUCUAAAGCCAUGACAUCAUUUUCUGGAAUUUUAAAGGCACAGUCAACUUAGUGUAUGUAAACUUUUGACCCACUGGAAUUGUGAUACAGUGAAUUAUAAGUGAAAUAAUUUGUCUGUAAACAAUUGUUGCAUGCAUAAAGUAGAUGUCCUAACCGACUUGCCAAAACUAUAGUUAGUUAACAAGAAAUUUGUGGUUGAAAAAGUGGUUGAAAAACGAGUUUUAAUGACUCUAACCUUCUGACUUCAACUGUAAAUGUUUGCCAGCUAGAUAUUUUAUAACUAUUAAGUUAACAUUCUAAAAUGUACAAAAUGCUUUGCAAUUGUACAUUUGGUUUGAUAAUUUAGUAGCUAGUUGACUAUCUAGUGAAGUGGUUAGCUUCUUCCAAAAUCAAGCUUCGCUUGGUAACAGCAGAGAAUCCCCUCCUGGAUCAAGAGCCUCGCUGUGUAAUAUUUGUUUUGUGCAUACAGCAAACUGAGUAUAAUAUGUUUUAUUUGUAUAGCUUUGUGAGCUGGGAUAUAUGUCCUUCAAGUAGGUCAGUGGCUCAGUGGGGUUUGAAAAUAGUGCCACUUGUGUUGAGUUCCGGUAUUACCGAAUAUCCCGAGAUGGCACAAGGUUGGUAUUAAGGUAUGACAAUCUGGAUACCGCCCAAGCCUAGUCCGCAUCCCCCCCCUUCAUCCUCAAUCAGAGGAAACACUACUUUGACUGCCCCGGUCAUCACGACAGUUGUCUGUGUGUGUGUUGGGGUUUUGACAGGAUGCUGGCAUCCUAAUCGGAACCCAUUCUGAAAAGUCUGGGGUAUUUUUAAACUACUGUUUGCGUGUAAUGUUUUGUUGAUUUCCACAAUUAUUACCACCGUGCCUCUCUACCUCCCAUGUCUUAAAAGUAGCUCUUAAUGGGUGUUUUCAGGAAAAGCUGUUUGGGAAAGUUUGGGAAAGGCAGUCAUACUUCCAGAUGGGCUUACAGUAAAAUGAGGGUCAGAGUGGCACGUUAUGAUUCAUGUCCAUAUGUGUGUGGCUCUGAUGCUGCUGUGUGACUCAACCACACACGUUUUGUGUGUAUGAUCGCAGCUGUGAGUCAGAUCUUAGACCUCCCCUCCCAGCUUAUUAUUCACUUAUUUUGAUAGCCCCCACCACCCGUGGUACACGCACCCCUUCAGCCAGACUGUGUUGGUACAGCUUAAAGUGGGGUAAAUUGUACAUGGUAACAUGGCAUACACACCCCUGUCAGAUUAUACAAUUUUAGUUUAUUCUUGUUUCAAUUAUGGCACUUUUAGAUUAAUGGAUAGCCUAAUCUUUAUUUUUUCCGUGGCCUCAGUAUGUUUAACAAAAUGCCCAUGCCAUGUCUGCCUGUUACUGAUUCUAUCCCACUCAUUAAUCACUCAUUUAUUCCACAGCAUUAAUGCUCAAUCAAUGUUCAUGAUCUCUCUGCUUUCAGUUUCCAUCAGUGUGGGAUUUGUGUGGACAUAACAAGUGGGGAUGUGACUUGUGAACAGGACUCUAAAGUGCGACCAUUUUAUUCUCAAAUAUUUUACUGUGCUAGAAUUUUUGUAAUGAUUAGGCUUCGCUGUACUGCUGUUUCUGAGUGACCUAGAGCACAGAUUCGUGACCAUGGUGGUUGCACCAUUACUACAGAGAACCACUUGUCUCAAAAGUUGUCACCAUAUUACCGGCACAAAGUUGUUUUCCUUCUAUAGCACAUUGGCGCUGCAGCUGGCCUGGAUGCAUCUCCGUUUACAUUUACAUUUACAUUUUAGUCAUUUAGCAGACGCUCUUAUCCAGAGCGACUUACAGGAGCAAUUAGGGUUAAGUGCCUUGCUCAAGGGCACAUUUACGUCAUUUAGCAGACGCUCUUAUCCAGAGCGACUCACCAAUUGGUGCGUUCCGUUGGCGGGUCGCAUAUAACAUUCAUAAACUGUCGCCGGCUGAUCCAAAACCACUUGCGGGCCGUUAACACCUUGUUCCGUCAUGUUACCUCUAGUCCAGCGGAUAUGUGAAAUAAUUGUUCCAUUUUAUGAUACAAGUAUCAAACUUGGUACACUAAUACUAGAUACCUUCAGGAACAUUUUAAAGAUUGGAGGCAGUCUGGGAAGCCUGUCAGAUUUCCUGUUAGAAGAAAAUAGGGUAAAAUGAAGAGAAAGAGGUGAAGCUAGAGGGAUAAUAAUAGCCCAAAAUCGGUCUUCUCCAGCAGGUGCCGUUUUUUCAUAUGUUUUUGCUCACCAAGCUAGAUGUUUUUGUAUGGCGGUCAAUGAGUGUCGAAUUUACCGGUGCUAAGUGUGGCUUAUUUGAUCUAAUAGAAGUUUCAUAAUGCUUAGGUUGUUAUGAGUGUACUGAUGUAACUUUGAGAAAAAACACUUUAUUUCGGAGUUGUGCCUGUUGUUCACACGCAUAUAGCCCUUUCAUUGGCCCACCUGAUCUUGCCUCCUCCCAACUGUCUUCCAUUUUUGAAGACAGUUAUUUUCAUUGUUAGAGUGGCCACUUGAUUAAAGGGGGAGAAACUGACUGACUGACUGUAUACAGGGGAUACAGAGUCAGCGUAGCAGAUGUGUUGUUGCCUACCCUUACCACCUGGGGGUGGCCCGUCAGGAAGUCCAGGAUCCAGUUGCAGAGGGAGGUGUUUAGUCCCAGGGUCCUUAGUUUAGUGAUGAGCUUUGUGGGCAUUAUGGUGUUGAACGCUGAGCUUUAGUCAAAGAACAGCAUUCUCACAUAGGUGUUCCUUUUGUCCAGGUGGGAAAGGGCAGUGUGGGGUGCGAUUGAGAUUGCAUCAUCUGUGGAUCUGUUGGGGCGGUAUGCGAAUUGGAGUGGGUCUAGGGUUUCUGGGAUGAUGGUGUUGAUGUGAGCCAUGACCAGCCUUUCAAAGCACUUCAUGGCUACCGACGUGAGUGCUACGGGGCGGUAGUCAUUUAGGCAGGUUACCUUCACUUUCUUGUGCACAGGGACUAUGGUGGUCUGCUUGAAACAUGUAGGUAUUACAGACUUGGUCAGGGAGAGGUUGAAAAUAUCAGUGAAGACCGUGCAUGCUCUGAGUACACGUCCUGGUAAUCCAUCUGGCCCCUCUGCCUUGUGAGUGUUUAAAGGUCUUGCUCACAUCGGCUACGGAGAGUGUGAUCAGACAGUCCUCCGGAACAUCUGGUGCUCUCAUGCAUGCUUCAGUGUUGCUUGCCUCGAAGCGAGCAUAAAAGGCAUUUAGCCCGUCUGGUAGGCUCGGCUAUAAUGUAAUUUAACCCAUUGAUCAGAAGGGGAGAAGAUGAAAGUAGAGGAAGGGCUGAAGAAUCAAGAGAUAACGAUAUAUGGAGACAGGAGCGCUCUCUGUUCCAGAAUCACUGGUUCAGAGCUAAUCAGGAUUUGACCUUAAACCCCUUUGUGAUUGACAAGUGUGUGUGUGUGUGUGAUUUGUGAUAGCCUCAAGCCCUUCUUGUUAACAUAGCGGUGGAUGGUCGUUACAGAGUGGGCUGCUGAUGGCUUUGAUGCCAUUUUCCACUCUCAUAUAAUGGACCCAAUGCUCCUGCUAUGCCCUGUCCUAUUGGUAACAGCAGACAAUCCACUCUAUUCCCUCUCAACCAAGCUCUAAUUAAGCUACAGUAUUUUAUCUUGUCAAACAAACAAUAUUUUUAAUGUUGUCAACUUUGAAUUGGGUCACUCACUAUUGUGUCUUCCAUCUUCUCUUUCUUGGCCUUUCCAUUCCUCUUUCUCAGUCAUCAACGCUGGCAUGAGGAAAUUCUUCCUCCAGGCCAAUGAUCAGCAGGACCUGGUGGAAUGGGUGAAUGCUCUCAACAAGGCCACCAAAAUCACUGUGAGUCUCACUAGAUUCUGCAUUGUCUUCUAUUACUAAGGACCUGAAGACCUAGCCUAGUCCUCUUUAGAAAACGAUGUUUUCCUGUUAAUGACUGAAUAUUUCCUUUUAAAGUGAGUAACAGCUCAAUAUUUAACUUGUGUGUGAGUCAGUGACUCACAGGAUGGUGUAUUGUUGGUAGAGACCUUUUUGCCUUUGGUUUGGGGGAGCUGUGCAGUACUCCCACUCUACUCUUGGAAUCUCUCCAUCCUCACAAAGGGCUAGAAACAGGAGUGGAUGUCUGCGGAAGUCUUUAACCAACAUACACAGAAAUAUGGUUGUCAUAAGGUGUUAUCCCCCCUGAAACAGUCACAGAAUCAAGGUCUACUGUACAUGUUAUGAAUGUUUGUCACACUGUUUUCUCUUGCAGGUGCCAAAGUCAUGUAAUGCCCAACAGAAUGUGGAGAACCAGAAAGCUCUUCUGGAUAUCCUGGGGCCCAAGAAGCAGGUCUCCUACAGGACUGACAUCAUUGGGGGAGUUCCCAUCAUCACCCAGACGCAGGUAGCCAAGGCUAGCCGCCCCACCUAUCCCUAACCCUAGCUAGUUGCAUGUCAAUAGAGUUGCAGUUGAUAGUUUGAGCAUCUACAGACCUUCUUUAGGGGACUAUCCAAAUAAAGUGGGACUGACUGUGCCAUAAUGACUUAUGUCUACCCCCAUAACUCAGCCUGACUAGAUAUUGCCUUACCUAGUGAGCCUCUUAUUAAGUUGUAAAUAAUAUUUCCCUCCAAUAGCAGGAAGGGGGCGAGGGCCAGGAGGGUUCGGAGCGAGAGUUGCUGCGGAGGUCGUACAGCCAGCUGCCAUACUUUCUGGGCAGGCCGACCCAGGACCGGACGGUCAUCAAGUCUGGCUACUGUGUGAAGCAGGGAGCUGUGGUGAGUGUAGUGGACUAUGGUUGUGUACAGUGAGGGGCUCUGAGUUUGGGGUCUGGUGGGUAAAAGUAUGAGGCCAUGAGAAUGAGGAAGUCUUAUUUUGCGCUCUUUUCUUUUCCCCAGAUGAGAAAUUGGAAAAGGAGAUAUUUCUUACUGGAGGAUAACACCAUGAGUUACUUCAAAUCAGAUCUGGUAAGUAAUUUUCAUUAACAAAAAAUUACGUACGCACUCACACACACACACACACUCACAGUGGGUUUGUCCUCUUGUCCUGACACGCUCCACCUCAAGUCCCUGGAAUCUUGUGCCACUGCUACACAUGUCCUAUCAUGCCCCUGACUCUGUGCCCUACCCUACACACACACACACACACUCCACGAAGCACUUCCACGCUUGCCCAUAUUUUGCACCAGCAUGUGUCUAUUUGGCAUCAACAGUGCCCAAGGACACAGUCUUUCUCCCUUGUCUUCCAAAUAUACUGUAUCAAUAAGGUCUUGGAAAUUGUUUUUUCUCAACAAAGAGGAUUCCAAAAGACUGUGGAGCAAGUGUCAUAAGGAUAUAGCACACAUUAUAGCAGUAUGUUAUACAUUUUGGGCUCUUAAAAUAGAAUGUUAAUUUUCAUUUUCUUGAACCCCUCCCCCUCUCUCUUCAGGAGAAGGAGCCUCUCAGAAUGAUUCCGUUGAAGGAGGUCCACAAAGUUCAGGAGUGCAAACAGAGGUACUGCACAACUCUCAACAUUCUCAUGGUUGAAGGAAGCCUCUACAUCCACAUAUAUCGCAUGUAGCCAACUUUGAUUUUGAUCACUGUUGGCUUUGUAUUUCCAGUGACAUCAUGAUGAGGGAUAAUCUCUUUGAGGUCGUCACCACUUCUAGGACUUUUUACAUUCAGGUGAGAAGAGACCAGACAUCUUUUUACCAACGCUCUAUUACAUAAUGUCUAAAUGAGGGAUGGGCAACUUUGAUAUGGGUGGGGGCCACAAAAAAUCUGAACUAAUGAUGAGGGGCCGCAGUGGCCGCUGGCGUACCACCCGGGGGGGCCACAGCCAUACACGGGCUGAAAUCAGUUGAUGAUAGGACAUAGACAAGUUGUAAAUGCAACAAGUACUGAUAUUGUAUCAUCUAAUAGUACUCACAGCUUUCCAAGAAAACAAAAAUGUAAACAUGUAUGGUCUGUUUACAUAUAUUUUAAAGGCUCUUUAUACAGAAAAUGUGUAUAAAACCUGUAUAAACUGUAUUUAUGAUUAUAUAACAAUAUUUUAGGUUGACAAUAAUUAUAUUACACAAUUUUUGAUAUCUCCUGCAUAAGUAAAAUCAGGAUUAUGCCUCUACUGCCAUUCAUUCCAAUUAGACUGGUUUGAUAUUCUCCCUGACUAAUAUGUCUGCCAUUUUCAUCCCAUUCUGUAAUUUUGAGGGUUUAUGACAUAGCCCCUCUGGUAAUUUAAUAGAAUCUCAGGUAAUUACUAUAGCUGCUGCCUUGGGCCAAUCAGUGUAAUUCUGUAAAUGCUGGCUCUCUAUGGCAAGACGCAUAAUUUACCCAAAGAAUCGGCCCAGUGCUGUCUGAGAUAUCACGUGUGAUGAACGUACGUACGGUGACAGGUCCACAGUCCCCUCCCCGAUUUCAUCGUGGGGGACAAUUAGCAGUUUUACAGCUAAUUUCCUGCAAUUCUACACAUUUUGCCCUAACUUCUGCCAUGUUUAUAUGAUAUCUGAGUGAGAGUGACUUUUAAAAUCAUUAAUUCGACCAUGAUUACUGCAAAAUGUUUGCUGACAUGGGCUAAUUCAGUGACUGGCAGGUGCUUUUCAUCAUGAAUUGUGUUCUGAAAGCAGCUCUGCAGAGUGGGCACUAGCUGGCAGAACCACAAAGUCAUACAAUCUGAUUUUAAACCUGCCCCUAACCUUAACCACACGGUUAACCCUAAUGCCUAACUUUAAAUUAAGAACAAAAAGCUCAUUUUUGGCCUAUCGAAGGGGAUAUCGCUCAGUUCUGCCUCCAGGACAAGACUUGUGACAAUAAACGUCAACCUGCGACUGUCAGUGACUGACAUAACACGAGAAAAACUGCUGAUGCACAAUCACAUUUCGAAAUCAAACCUUGUGUAUUCUACUAUUGUAACUCAACCAUAAAUUGAGAACCCCAAUAAUUUGUUUAAAAUAUUUUGGGAAAAUUGAUCCGCAAGCCUGCAAAAGCCUGCGGGCAGCCAGUUGCCCAUCCCUGGUGUAGAUUAAUGUCAAGAAAUGUCCCCCUUCAGUAUAUUUAUUUCCCUCACCCCUGACUCUCCCCACUUUAAUAUUUGCCCCUUAUCCCCACUCCCUUCCUCCAUCCAACUGCCUCAUUCUCCCCUGUCUCCUCUUUCCUUGCAGGCUGACAGUCCAGAGGAGAUGCACAGCUGGAUCAAGGCUGUCUCUGGGGCCAUCGUAGCCCAGCGGGGACCUGGGAGAUCUGCAGCCACAGUAUGUAACCACCCUACAGGCCACUGGGAUGACUGCAUGCUCUGUCACUUCUGUCCAGUCUCCUGUCUGUCUGGUCCUUAGUGAUACUGAUCUGUUCUCCAUUUGUGUCACGUGUUCAUGGCAGCCCAAGCCAAGAGGGAUUGUUCAGACACACACCACACACACACAAACAGUGAGGAUGCAGGGAGGAGUGAAAGUAUGUGUCACAUUCUGUACUGACUGCAGAGGGUAGAGGUUGGCAUCCUCUCCCAGGUCCCCCUCCUACUGUAGGUGUUUGCCCUCUUUGUGACAGUGGUAUUGCAUAGACAAUCACCACAUCAGGGUUUCCGUUAGGAAAAUUUGGCACCGGAUAUUUGACUGGCAGCAUUUUCAUUUACCGGACAUUUGAGAAAUUUACCAGACCCAUAUCCAUGGGUGCGUAACCUGAUAAGGGCGUCCACCCAGUGUGCUCAAAAUGACAGAAAUCACUUUUAGAUUAUGGUAAUUCAUCUUAACAGAACAUGCAACUCGAGGAUGCGCGUCCUUCUUACCAAAUUCUGAUGUGCGUUUGAAGAUGUUAGAAUAACUGUCCACAUUUACUUUUCCUCAGCCAACAAGACGAGUAAUGAACAGCAACAUCACUAGUCUAUGUCAAUCUACUAUCCCCCAUAGUAGAAAAGUGUUCCUAUUCUAUUGGUCAGCUUGUCAUUCUGUGCGAGAAGCCUAUUCCGAACAGACUCUGGGACAGUUGUGGGAUGAUAGUUCCCAAAUUCAUCCAACCGGUAGCCUAGGCUACAUCCAAAACACGUUAAAAAGCGAUGAGGCUGAUGCACCAGAUCAGACCGUUUUAGCUUAAAAUGUUGAUACUAUUAUUUCUUCACAUUAUAAGAGCAGAUAUGCGCACAAGGCAGUAGGCUACUUGUUGGUUCCAUAAUGCAGUUAGCAAUAAAACACAUGCGAGCGGUUUCAUGAGACCGAGAUGAAAAUAUCUGUUUGAAAAAGGGGAGAUGUCUGAUUUCAAAUGAAGGAGCUAAGAACAUUAACAACUUCAUAGUUAAGAACAUUCAAAAAAUAUGGAAGUAAAUUAAACGGAUUCUACAAUAAUCAAUAUCACUCCCUAAACCCCCCCCCCCCCCCCCCCCCCCCCAUUAUUUCCAUUACAGAAUUAAAAAGCAAUUUUGAACUGACUAAUGUUGAUAUUUUCAAAAUACAUGCAACAUAAAAGUUUCGUAUCAUGACAUUUUGAUCUAAAAUCUUUUGGACAUCAGAACAAUGUUGAGGGAAUUCUAUUUGAGCCAGAAAAUGAUACUCAUAUGAGAGUUAAUAUAUACAAAACCUUGCAGAAAGCCUAUCCAACUGACAAUCUCUUAGAAGAAAUAGAAACUAUUGGAACCAAGACCUAGAAAGAUCUGAAAUUGGCACAAGAUGGAGGGAGUGUUGGAACAAAACUAACGAAAUUACAGUUAAUUAAAAUGUAUGCUUAAUCCAGUAUAAACGAAUGUACAUAAUUUAUUAUACAAGAGACAAAAUUCACAAAUUCUACAGCACAACGGCAGAGUCAUGUCUUAAGCGUAAAACUAACACUGACUUGAUGGUUCAUGCCUUCUGGGAGUGCUAUAAAGUCCAAAAGUUAUGGAUGGAGUUAGAAAGUUGGCUGUCAGACGUUUUACAAUAUAAAUGUACUUUUAUUCUGUCUGUCUGUAUAUUUCAAGACAUGGCAUAUGCAGGUGUGGUGAGAUACCCAAUGGGUUGGACCGUACUUUUCUCAUCAAUCAUUUUGAAAAAUGUUUUGCUUAAACUGGAAAUCAAAUGAUCCUGCAUCGUUGGGAUGGUGGAAGAAUCAAAUGCAUUAUUAUUUGAAUAUUGAAAGGGUGUGGGCGACAGAGAAGGGCAGAGUGGCGCAGUUUAAGGUCAUGUGGAAUAGAGUAUUGCAGGCGCUGGAGAUGGAAGCAUGUGGGUCUGGGCAGAUGUGAUGUUGUUGAAGUUUGCGUGCGUCUGUCUUAUCUUUUGUCUAUGUAGAUAUUAUUUGACAAACAAAAUUAAAUCAUACAAAAAAGAAAGAGGGGAGAUCUUUUGGUUGCUGGACAAUGAAAGAAAGUUGAUUUGAAAGCCAAUAGAACAUCAGAGAAAUAGGCUACUGGUUUCAAUGGCAUAUGAAAGUCUUCCUAAAAUAAUUGCCUCGUUUGGUCAUAUUUUGGCUAGGCUACUUUGAAGCAAGGUAAACAUGCCUCAAAAUAUGUAGUAAAACAUUCAGUGUUCAAACAGUGAAGUAUAUGUUUUCAAAAUGCGUACUGCCUCCAGAUCAUUGCAAAGUGGUGUGUGACGCGCUGAAGCUCGCCUACCGUUACAUGCACUUGAAUGGCGAAUGGGAAGUGCGCUUCAAUUACCAGUUGAGAAAUGGUGGCUAUCAAAGCAGUUUUUAACACGCAAUUUUAUUUAGAGUUGUUUCACAAUGAUUGGGCUUAUAAAAGCUAAUUUCACUCCAGCAGCAACAGGAGCUGUAGGCUCUGUAUUUGUAUGCUGUGCAUGUACCCAUCGACCGAUAAGCAUGACCGGUCAAAUCUAUUAACAUCAACUGGUAUUUUCAUCAAUUAAUAGGCUAAAAAGCAUUAUUUUCCAAUGGGAUUUUUUUUGUAUCGGCCAAAAGCUGGCUAUUACAUUUACAUUUUGCAUUUUAGUCAUUUAGCAGACACUCUUAUCCAGAGCGACUUAGUUAGUGAGUGCACAUAUUUUUCAUACUGGCCCCCCGUGGGAAUCGAACCCACAACCCUGGCGUUGCAAGCACCAUACUCUACCAACUGAGCUACAGGAGGCAUUCAUGCAAAUACAUUGAAAUUGAGUUUUCACCCAAACCUACCUUACCAAAGGUACCUUCCUUUGAUGAAUAUUACAGUGACAAAAAAAGAGGUUACAUUACAUAAGGUUAUGUCCGUCAGAAUCCAAAACUUGAUUUAAAAAUAUCAGUAUUGCAGUAAUUAACUUACACUUUUCAACUUCAAUGGCCAUAACGUCCAGCUCUGCAUCUGAGUUCUCUGCGGAUUGCAGAGCUGUUCGGGAAGCAGACAGAACUGCAGUCUAUUACCGGCUAACGGAAACCCUGCUCCACUUUCUUCUCUUUCUUCCACUCCCUCUCCUUUCCCCCUGUACUGUGGGCUAGGCUGGCCCUCCCCAGCCUGCUCUAAUCCAGCUGUCCACUGUGUUGUUGCAGAUGCGGCAGGCCAGACGGCUGUCAAACCCCUGUAUACAGAGGUAUACGGCCCGAAUCGGGGAGUGCAGCACGUAUGUCAGCUCCUGUACCCCAAAGUGCCUUCUCUGUACUGUUGAUUUUCACUCACUUUUGUUUUUUUAUGUCAUGGUGUGGACUGGAGAGUCACCCAUCUGCCUCCCUAAAAACCAAACUGGACAUGUCCCUCCCUGUGCAGGCUCUAACCCCUCCACCCCUCUGCCCAUUCCAUAACUCCAACUCCUCCUCUCCUCUACCUCUGCUUCUUUGCUUUUCCUGUCUUCCUCUUCAUGCUCUACCUCAGCCCUGGGGUUAGUUCCAUAAACUAAUUCCCUUGACUUAAUGUAGCUUAACCUCCCUGGACCUCUGCAGCUAGUCACUACCUCCCAUUUACUCCCACUUCCACACCCACUCACUCCCACUUCUUGCUAUUGAUAGGCCCUGUUGUCACCAUUGUUGAAGAUGACACAACUUUUUAAACAUCCCUCUUUAACUUUGAAACCCUUACUGUACACACACACACACACACACACACACAAACAUUUGCACUCUGUACUAACGCCUCUCUGGUACAGUGAUAAAAGCUGUUGCACAGACCUGUUUCCUGUCUCUGUCUAUGUCACUUCAUAUGUUUCUCUGACUCUCCUUGUCUCUCUUUCUCUGUGUCUCUGCAGUCUCCUGCAGAUGUGUACCUGUCUUAGAUGUCUCACAUCCUGCCUGUCUCUAGUUCUACCUCCUGUCCACUGCCUGUAUGUGUGUUUACUCUCUCACACACGGUCGACUUGCAUAACCCAGUUAACUUGUCAUUUUCUAAGCCAAGACAACUUAAAGUCUGAAUUAAUGUUAUCUUUGGGAACUAAACCCUUGUCUUCUUUAACAUCAAUAACAGUUUAGCUGUUUGUUUUGUGUUCUGCAUGUUUGUAUGAUGACUUCUUCUGUAUAAACUAACCGCCCUAGCAUACUUGAAGAAUCACAUAGCCUUUUGUUUACUCACUCAUAAGCCGUUGCGGUGUAGGUGUUUCCGUUGCAUCAUCUGCUUCAAGUCAUGCACAUACGUUUUGGCAAAUGUUCUGUGCCCGGCUGCAUGUUUGAAUGCAUGAUACAGAAUUAUGAUGACUUUGGUGAUGUUUUACACAACAUAGGCUAUCAGUUUGAACUAUUUUGGGGAAAAUUGCUUUUUGAAUAGCCAGCAAAGGCAAUCAGGAGUUAUUUAAGUAACUGUCACUAACUCUUUUUGCUGGGUGAAUGGAUUGGGUAAUCCUCUAAUAGGUGCUACUGCGUAUGGUCCCCCCCAGUAACAACGCCAACCGGUCACUGACAUGUUUUUCUUUUUUACUUACUUUAUUCCUCACCCCCUCUUGUUUUUUACAGAGAGUGAAAUCUGACAGUGAAAUACUAACUUUAAAAAAAUGAGCACUACCAUUUCUACUGCUUGCACUACCACUGCAGUCCUCCCAGCACCCACCCACCACUGCUCUGCUAGCACUUCUACGGUCUGCAACUGCGGCUACUACUACUUCUACUUCUACUUCUACUACUACCGCUGCUGCAUCAGCCGUUACACCACAAGUCUGGCACUGAUUCUAUUCACAACUUGCCAUGUUUUCUAAAUUAGUAUCUCGUCACCACCAUUGGUCCCCGUCUGACUGUGAUUCUGUGGGACCCCCCCCCCCCCCCACACACACCGCUCCUUCCUCUCUCAGCAGGAGCACUGUGGCCGUUCCUCCCCUUCCACAUUCUACUGCAGCCAACCGGGGCCCCCCGUCCCUCGCUCGCCCAUAUCUGCAGUGCCACCCUACCCAAGGUGCCCUGCUGUCACGGGCGGUGCAUGCCCGGAGCCUUGCGUGGGACAGCGAGCACUUCAUGAGCCUCCUGCCGCGACCCAGCCACGCCCGACUGUCCCUGCAGGAGACACGCCUGUCCAAGUGACCGCCGACACUGCCCUCGAGUCGCCAUGGAGACGGCGCAGCAGCUUCGAGCCCUACCCACCUGAACCACCCCUUGACCUGGACGCUGACGACCUGCCGGUCAGCGAAGUCUGACCCCUGAAACCUACCCAUGAACUACCCUCAACCUACCCCCACACUACCCUGUAACCUGUCAGAGGGGGUGGGCUACAGAGGAGAGGAGAUGCUGUGUGAUAAUGGGGGAAAUGAGAAAAAUGCUUUUGAAUAAACGAGAGCAGCAGAACAGUGGGCCGCUUGUCUCGUCUCCACCAAACUGACCAGAAGUCAUCUGGAUGGAAAUGGCAGAAAGCAGGCACUGGAUUCCAAGCCAAAGUUAGUGGCUGUAUAAUGUGUCUGACUUCCAACCAUCUCAACCCCCCUGUUCGUGAAGCUGUUAAUCUACCCCAACUAGUCAACCCUAGUCAGACAUUAAAGAGUUGAAGGUCACUCAGACAAAGAGACUGGGGGGUUGCGUUUUCUCCUUGUUUUCAUUGUUUGUCAUCUACUCAGUGGUCAAGGCCUGUGGACACUCACAUGAAGGCCUGGAAUCAGUUGUGUGUCUGUGUGUGUGCAAGGAGGGUGAGAUUCACACUGAACUCUACGCCAAAGAUUCCCUGCCAUUUGCCAUUCUUUCCCACCUGUUUCUCUGUUCUUAUUUAUUUCUUAGGGUUAAUUUUGUUUAGAAAACUAAAAUGUUUUUUAUGUUUAAUUAAAAUAUAUACACUGAGUAUAUAAACAUGAGGGACACCUUCCUGAUAUUGUGUUGCAUCCCCUUUUGCCCUCAUUUUGCCCUCAGAACAGCCUCAAUUCCU